UGAGCGCCCAUGCGCUAAGAGCAGCCAGUUCUAACUGAGGGGAAAGUUUUUGGCGUUAGGCGAUAAGAGAGGCAGACGUUUCGGAUUUGUAUUCAAAACCUGUCCUCGGUUUGUUUGUCUGCUGUUUGCGACUUGUGCUAAUCAAUGCAUGAUGAGAGAUCGCGAGAGCCACAAAAGAUUCGCUCUCUAACGGAGCGUAUUAUGUGUUCAUCAAAAUUGUAAACAAAAAGUCCAAAAAGCUUGAGAGGAAAUAAGAUGAAGGCAGCCGUUGACCGACGGCCGCCGACUCAUGGAUCCGCUUGAGCGGCUUCUUCCCGCGCAGUGCGUUAAUCACGCACGUGCUCCGCAUGUCAAUAUGCUUGAUCCAUCUGUUAACGUCCAAGUAAUUCACAGUCAUGCAUUAAAUUGUUGCUGGAUGGAUUGACAUUAGCAUUAUGGCAGCAGAUCUCUAGCGAUCCAGGGUAUAAAUAGAAGGGAACUGCGUAGAUAUAUGGCCAGAACACAAACGAUCCGCACAGAACCAGAACCAGAACCAGAGACAGACAACAUGAGAGUUCCUAGCAUAAUGUUCCUCUCCUUGCUGCUGGGCAAUUGCCUGGACUUGGGAAACGCUCUGUUUUUCAAGGCACUAAAAGGACUGAAGGGAAACGCUGGUUCAGCCUAUCCAGGCUACAACUAUGGCUAUGGUGGUCAUGCGGCAAACUAUGGCCAUAACUAUAAUGGCGGAUAUAGUGGAUAUGGCGGUUAUGAUGGUUACGAUGGCUAUGGCUAUGGCUAUGGGUAUCCACAGCAGCCGUACAGGACAAGAAAUCGACAGCGCACUGGACGCACCUACUCAGAUAUUGCUAAUGUCUUACGGCCGGAUCCCUAUCUAGGACUAGGCGCGGGUCGUUAUCUACCGCGUGCUCCAUAUUCCCCUCUGUGGGGCUAGCAUCUAUAGUGAACAUUUGUGUAAUAUUAACAAGUUAGGGCAAAUAAA